AUGGAAACUAACAGUAAAAUUGAGACUUCUUUUAGCUCGAAUAGUUCCCCUUAUUCAUUACAUACGUCAAGAUUUCCCAAUGAAUCUGAGUACAUCCACGAAAAUCUGCAAAUCACAAAAGAAAUGCUUAAAGUGCUUUUGAGCAGUCAUUAUUUUAUUAAAUAUCAAAACAAUGGGCACAGGAGUGUGAAAAGAGUCUUUUUUAAUGCUUCACUUCAGAAGCUUACGCUUGAAAAAGACAAAAUGAAUUCGAAAUUUAUUUUUACAAGCGAUAUUUUGACUUUUGAGAAUGGAUUUUCUGAUCAGCUGUCAAGUGUUUUGGCAAGGAACGAAUUCAGUCAUAAAGUGUAUGGAUUUAAAUUAGUCACAAGGAAAAGAAUAUUAGAACUUAGCUGCAGCAGCGAAGAAGAAAGAAAGGUCUGAAUUUUGUGCGCAAAUCAGCUGGUUAGGAUAGUCGGGGACUGAAGCUCAAAUAAUGGGCUGACUCCCCAAGUAAUAAGCAAAUUCUUGCUUAUUCGUGAGAUUUUUACCAAGAUUGUUAAAAGUAAUUUUAUAUGAAUAAAUUGAAAAUUGCUUGUUGUUAGAGGGUUUCAGAUAAAAAGUAAAAAAUGUAAAUUUUGGGCAUUUAAUAUUAAAUUUACUACUUAAAAUUUUGUGCAAAAAAAACCCCUACUAAUAAGAAAGAAUUUUAUUACUGGGCGAGUAAGAAAGUAUUGGGACACACUUGCAUUAAAUAGCCAGUAUCAAAAGGAAAUUAAUAUAAUGCAAACAAUAGUAGCGAAUAUGAAAAUCGAAAUGGGGAAAUUGCAGCAUGAGUUUGGACUAAACAAAAAUGGGAUUGUGGAAGGCGUUUUAAGCGAAACUAUCUUGAAAGUUGAAAUGAAUAAUCACAAGGAUGAUGAAAUGGCUGUAAUUGACCAGAUAAAAUUGCUUGAUGCAGGGACUAUCAUAUUUCACAAAGAAAGAUCUGUAUUAAAUAAUUCAUUAAAAAGGAAUGAUAGAAAUAAUUCAAAUCAACUUAUUGAAAGAGAAUUUUACUUAUUGUAUGGAAAACUGUUGAAUGAUCAUAUGAAAGAUGUAGCGAUAAUUUGAAAAAAUAUAUUGGAUUAUAUGUGCUUCAAAGAUCUUUUGUCAAUAAUGAAAAUUAACCACUUUUUUAGAAAUCAAGUAAAAAAGAAACUGAAGGUUAAGCUUGAUUGACAUAAACUAGCAUCUGCCGGCCUCGAGCCUAGAGUGAUCAGCUGAAAACUGAUUUCAAAAUAUUUUUAUGAUCCCUUGCAUAAAUUUCAUUUUGCUUAUUUAUGGUAAAUUGAUUUUAAAAUGUCAAAAAAAUUUUAACAUACCAUAGACUCAGUUUUAUAUAUAUAAUGACAUGUCAAAAUUUUUUUUGACAUUUUAAAAUCAACUUACCAUAAAUAAGCAAAAUAAAAUAUUACCAAUACAUUAUACAAUAUGAAGCCCAUUAAACUAGGUUAUAACUUACACCCUGAAAUGAUUGAAGAAAUUCAAAAAGACGUAUACCGUGGGAUGCUUGAUAAGAGUAGCGAAAUUGAAGAAGUCCUUGUCGCCUUAUGUGCUUUGAAUCCUGAUAUCGGGUAUUGCCAAGGCAUGCAAAUUGUCACUCAUUUUUUAAUUGGCCUUAUUCACAAUUCCCACGAGGUGCUUGGGAUUUUAUUGAUGCUAAUUAAGCCUCCUUUCUUUCUUGGAGAACUUUGAAAGGAUGGAUUCCCAAGACUAAGGCUUGCGAUCUUUCAACUUGAGUUUUUAUUGAAGUUGAAACUACCAGAGCUAUUAUCGCAUUUUGAAAAUAUUGAUAUCAAUUUAGAUGUCAUUAUAGCUCCAUGAAUGCUUACCGUUUUUACACACUUUAUAACACAGCAAAAUGCUCCUAUAAAAAUUGUGCAGUCUAUAUGAGAUUUUUUUCUGAUAAGAGGGUGGCCAGCGCUGAUCAUGUUUUGCUUGAGUUUAUUUCAUUUGAGCUAUGAUGUGGUCAUAGGAGCUUCGUUGGAAGAUACCUUGGAUUUUUUCACCAACUCAAUUCCGUUUGAUAAGAUCACUGAAAAUCUUUCUCGAUUUGAAGUUGAUAUUUCCUUGUUAGAUGAACUUGAAAAAUUGUAUUAUUUAAAGCUAAAACAAUAA